AUGAUAUUCAAAUAUUUCAAGUAUUGGCUUACAAGCACGACCUUGUCCUGGUCCAUGUUGGUCACCAAGUAAUGAACCACGCGAAUCAUGGUGAUCACAUAGAGGGGACUCAUGGAACACAUCAUCAACCCAUUCGUGCAGUUCCUCCAACCUCUCCUGCUUUUUCUCUCCUGCGCUGGGAUUCUCCUUCUCGUAUUUCUCACAGAUAUCCCUGGCAGUGGUGUUGAUCGGAUCCUCUUGUUCGGGUUUGUACUCGCCAUCUUCUUCGUCUUCUCCGGGGACUAAGCGAGGAUGGAGGACAAUGAGCUGGCCCUUUAUGGCAGCUCCUGGUGGCGAUAUCGACUCUAGGUUUGAAGGAUACUCAUUUGUGAAAGAAGAGCGAUAGCCUAUAGUUACGGCUUCUAACUGGGCUGAUGUACGCAGGCUCCUGUGUG